UUUUCUGCACAUAUAACACGUUCAGUGUUAUAUAUCCAGACAGUAAACUUCAUCUCAGAACGGGAAAACAACAAGGAACCAACUUUAAUAGUCGCACUUUCGGUUUGCAUAAUUUCACCUAUCUUUUCCUCUCAUCUAUCCUAUCCAACUGUCCACCUUUUACCUCAAAUAGAAGUAGGCAAACAAUUCGAUUCGCGACAUGUUGGAUUUGGGAUUUGGCCUAGGCCUACUUUUUCCAGACACUGAUAAUGAAUAUGAAAGACGCCUGACCCAGGUAUCGAACCUGCACCAGUAUCAUCAAGUGCACACCCCAUCACUAGUUUCAGUGCAAAAAGCCUCCGAUCCAACAACUUAGGCAUAGGUGCUGUAAGCUUAUCAAAUGAUGUGCUGCACUUAUCUCAACGUAGUGUGGAUAUUGAACAGAUAAACAGAGCUAUUCCACCAUCGCCAUGUUCUGCCAAAGAAAGUCAGCCCAACUUAUGCUCCCGAGUUGAAGGAGACGGAGGUGAAUAGAGGUGAAUCAGGUGCUAGAACUGGUGGAGGUGGCUCAUCAAGGCGUCAAAUGCCAGACUCACCGAAAGAGGUGCACCAAGGUGCAGCCGUUCAGCUUCGAGGAACGCCGCCAUCGUCAGCUACAGAAGAUGAAGGGGGAGAAAAUCAAAAAGGUCCUUGAAGAAGAGAAGAAACUGCGCGAAUUUCACGCGAAUCCGGUGCCGAAUUUCUCGCAGCCGGCGAUCGGCAGCUUCUCUAUCACUAACCCAAUCAACUUCCAAUUCAAGACUGAUCGACGCCUCGAGGAAAGUCAUAAACGCGAAAAACCGGCUGAUGACAAAGAGGAGAAAUUUGUGUUCAAAGCGAAACCAGCCUUGGUUCUGAAGAAGGCGCCCUUCGAGCCGAAGAAAGGCAACCACUCUGCGCUCACUGUCGGCACAGCCUUCCAUCUCAACGCCGAGGAGCGAGCCAAAAAAGAGAGGAGUUCAACUGCAAGAAUGACGAGCGAGUAGCCUUCAUUGAAAUGAUCAAAUAUCAGCGUCACAAGGAGAGAGAAAGAGAGACAGCAGAUGGAGGAAAUUCGACGCAUGCGCAGAGACGCAUUGCACAAAGCUGCGCCGAUCCCCCGUAAAGUGAUGGAGGCCCCCUUCACUGCACCCCUCACCGAACCCAACACUCCCAAGGUCCUGUCAAGAAAAAGGAAGCACCAAGACUAAUAACUUGUUCAUAUAACUCUGUUCAUAUUGAUAGCUAAUAGUUGGUUAUAUGAAUUAAAAUUGGCUUAACUUUGUAUUUUAUGAUCGAAAGAC